UAAUUGAGACGCCCCCUUGUGAUAACAAUGGCUGCUCGGAGGCUCGGUAACAUUCGUGGACAGCUUUUCUUGUCUGGCUCACGGUUCUCAAGCACUACCGUCAAAGGUAAUACCACCUCAGCUGUCAUGUCUUCCAGUUCAUCGUCCAUCCCGUUUAUCAGCUCUGAAGAGGCAGAGAAGGCGCUGACCUACAAUGAACUGAUCCCUACAAUAGAACAAGCCCUUGGAGAUUACUCCAGUGGGGAGGAAGGGGGCGUAGUCCAGCCUCUACGCUCAGUCUUUCCAGUCAAGAAACAAGAUGGGCUCUUCCUUGCUAUGCCGGCGUACAGUGAAAAGCAAGGUGGACUGGCCUGCAAGUUGCUGACUCUUUUUCCCAAGAAUGAAAACACCAAGUUUCCAGUUCUUCAAGGCACCAUUGCCCUGUUUGAUGCAGAUAACGGUUCCUUGAAAGCAAUCUUGGAUGGGGAGGCCAUUACUGGCAUGAGGACUGCUGCUGCAUCAGCCGUUGCUACCAAGUACUUAGCCCCAGAGGGAAGCAAGAUCCUAGCCAUUUUGGGGGCGGGGCUCCAAGCUAAAACCCACCUGGAGGCACUGAGGCACGUCAUCCAAUUCAAAGAAGUCCGUAUUUGGAAUCGAACCUAUUCCAAAGCUCAAGCCUUUGCGGCCAAGUACGGCUGCAUCGCGUGUAAGACUGGGGAAGAGGCAGUGAAAGAUGCUGAUGUCAUUGCCACGGUAACAGGCACUUCCACCCCCAUCCUUCAAAAUGGCUGGGUCAAAGAUGGAGCGCAUAUCAACUGUGUGGGUGCACCUACACCAACUCAACAGGAGCUUGAUCCUGUUCUUGUGCGUCGCUCCGUUAUCUACGCAGACAGCAAGGAAGCUGCUCUGAAUGAAUCUGGAGAUGUCAUCAUCACCAAGGCUGAAGUCUUCGGGGAGAUUGGAGAGGUAGUCUUGGGCAAACUAAAAGCCAGGAAAAAUGAGACAACAAUCUUCAAAUCUUUGGGGAUGGCUCUUGAAGACGUGGUUGCUGCCAAACUGGUGCAUAGUAAGCUACAUGGUGGAAAGUAAGCCAUAAAAGGUUGUCACAAUUUCAACCUCAAACGCAAAAUUACAUUCAGCAUUGAGCUUCACUGCUCUGCAUUAACAAUUCCUAUGUGGUGACUUGGUGUCAAAUGUUUAAUAAUUAAGAUUUUAUACAUGUAUAUGUAUAUGGAAAACAAAGAUAGAUUAAUGCCAACUAUGCAAAAUACCAUGAAAUCUGUGUGAUUUACUCUAAACGUCGAGUGUUAAGGGUGACUACUGGUACAUGUAUGAUGCUGAGGCCACAUCUGUUAAUUGUCUACCAUUGCUUGCCCAUCAAUGUAAUCACAUGUCUAACAAGUGACCAUUGCAGACCAAAUUGUGUUUGGAAAACUUGAUGCACAUUUGAUGUACAAUCAGGAUACUUGGAUUAUGAUAGGGCAGAGCGAAGACAACAAGUAGUCAGCGAUGAUGUGAAUUUAGAGAUGUAUUCAACUUUGGUGAAAGCACAUUGCAAAUAUUUGCAGAAAUGUCACAAAUUUGUGCUUGCAUAUGCCUCUGCACAAUGCAUAUAAGUGCGAUCUGGUGCUAAUUCAAAACUUAAGAAGAAAAUAUUAAACUUUAAAAUUUUACAAAUUUGUAAGGAGUAAAUAAAAUAUUAUGAUGCAGGUUAUUAACCUUUACCCCCAAAUUAAUAAUACUUCUGAAAUAUUUUGUAAGUUCAAGGAAGGAAGACGUUAUCCAGCCACCGUUACUUUACAUGAGGUUUCACACAUGUAUUCACUGAAAGUUUAAGCUUAGAGAAACCGCCACUGAUUUCCUUUACAGUGGAGGAUUUUGGAUUUAGGAUUCAGGAGUGUUUUCCUGUCAAAAUGCCUAUUGAGCUAGUGAUAAGACAACUUUGCUAUGACUGAUUUUGAAAUAAGUAUAAGUCCAAAUUGACUGGUGCUUACAACGGCAAGUGAGCUAGUGAUAAGACAACUUUGCUGUGACUGAUUUUGAAAUAAGCGUAAGUCCAAAUGGACUGGUGCUUACAACGGCAACCUCUUCUCAUAGACACUAAAAUUAUUCCCAGGAGAAAUGCCAUCUUUUUGCUGCAUAGUGCCCUUGUCUGGAAGGUCUUUACUCUUUCAAAUUCCAAAAAGAGCUUAAAACUACUAACACACAGUUAAACCAACAUUUUGGAUGAAGACUUCACAUCAUACACAUGUAACUUGAAAUCUCUGAUGGCAUUUUGUAGAUAUGGUAAUUUGCAUGGUGAAUCAAGGCCUUCUUGAAGGGGUUUAUUAAAACUGUCAACACCUCUAGAGACCAAAACAUUUAGUACAGAGGCCUGAAGGAAUGAAAGCAGUAAAAAACAAGUCUAAAAAUGCUUUCAUUUUGCUUUGCUUUGCCAUUAAUUUUGUUCCUUCCCCCCCCCAUUUUUGGGGAGGGGUGGUGUUCUGUUUUCGCUGUGCAAUCAGAAAUAUUAAAACAAAGAAAAGACAAGCAGUCCAUUCAAAUGUUCUAUACUUCAGUAUUUUGCUUCAUCUGGUAAUGUAUUGAAUACAGACUUACUCAGAAAUAAAAAGAAAUUGAAACAAAUCAAAGAAUUUGGUUGGUU